GGCGGGCCGAGGCGCGGCUCUCACGGGAGCGGCGGUGAAGAUGGCAGAUUUUUUGAAAGGAUUGCCAGUCUACAACAAAAGCAACUUCAGCAGAUUCCAUGCGGAUUCUGUAUGUAAAGCAUCAAACAGGAGACCAUCAGUUUAUCUUCCCACGAGGGAAUAUCCAUCUGAACAAAUCAUAGUAACAGAAAAGACAAAUAUCCUCUUGCGCUAUUUACAUCAGCAGUGGGACAAAAAGAAUGCAGCAAAGAAGAGAGAUCAAGAGCAGGUGGAAAUAGAAGGUGAGAACUCAGCACCACCCCGGAAAAUCGCUCGGACAGACAGCCAGGACAUGAACGAGGACACUUAAACUCUUGGCUUCCUCCUCUCAUACUUUACAGGCGCUUCCUGUUUUGUCUCCAAGUGUGUAAAUUUGCCCCUUGCCCCAUCUCUCCCCCCUCCACUGUGCAGCCCAAACCACUUCUGACUUCCUAGGAGCCAACAUAUUUAUUUUUUCUCUUGGUUUUGUUCUUUUUUUGUCCUCUCCAUUUUUUAUUUAUGCCGUAAACCUGACGGAGCGGUGGUGGAACAAUGGAGUAGAUGCUGUAGUAGAACCCUAGUUCCUCCUUUUGCAAACACUGUCACUUUGGCAGGUUUUGAAUCUGUUACCUAUUGCCCAGCUCUAGCCAUGGGAGCCUGGCUAGGAGACAUGGGUUGUCACAGAACCCUCCAGAGAUACACGCUCUCUACGUACCCACUGGCCUACUACAAGUGGUUUAACUCCUCUUUGGAUGUGCCCAGGCCAGCCAUAAGUGCAGGGCCUCACCUCACAUUCUUCAUCCAAUAUUCUGAAACUGGCACUGCACUAAAACAAAACCCAACCAAUCUACAUGAGUGUCCUUCAGGGUUACACUGAUCUUAGCAAAUGUGUUGUCAACUUGAUCAAUCAGUUGUAUUCUGGUCUGUUGUGUAAGGGCCACGCUCCUCCAUCGGCACGGGUUUUCUCAUGCAUCAGAGCACAUGGAGAACUCAAGUGAAAGGUGUGUGACUUUUGUUGCUCUGACUUUCUAACCUUCUCUCGGUCUUGGAUGGACUGAUCUGUGCAACUUCUCCAUUGGAAUAAAAGGAUACUCUUCUACUGUGCUGAGCAGUUGAUCACCAGUGUGUGUAAGCAGCAGCUGAUGGAGGCAGCCUGUGGCUGGAGCAGUCUGGGAGCAUCUCAGCAACUGGAUGUAGUUCUGGCUCAACUGCCAGCUCCGAAUAAUGGUACGUUGUGCUGCAACAGCAGAAUGGAGUUGAUCAAAACGUGAGCUUCCAUGGUCUCUGGUGAAGACCAGUUCCUCUUGGACUCAAGACAGUUCAGUGCCUGUUGCCUGGAACCCUUCACUGAUUCUUUGAGAAGAGCCAGACCGGAGGCCUGUGAGUUGUCUGGCUGGAUUCAGAGGUUCAGAGACUCAAAGUACAUGAGCAUUGUCACCUGAAGGGGACAGGAAAGGUGUAGCUUAGUAAUGAUGUCUUGUUUGCUUUAACAUAAGAAGCUGACUUCACACUGUGUUAGUUGAAAUUGUCACAUUUAUAGCUGUGGGGUUUUUUUUCUUCCUUGUUAACAAAUCCUAAACACCACGAAAUCACGGGAAUGUUGUUCUGGAGAUCCUGGACAAGCCUCAUUCCGAGCGGCUGCAGAAGCUGGGAGCUUUGAGGGGUUCUGCUUUCACUUUCUCCAUGGCAUUCCCAUUCAACCGAGGGCCACCGCGUGUUCAGGUUUGGGAACGAAGGGAACGCAGGGAACGCGGAGGGAGUGAAACUUGCUGCCAACCAUAGGUUGCAAGGCAGACCCUUAGGAAGAGCAGGGCACAGCUCACAUUGCAUUUCUAGAUGUACCUUUAGGCACCAGGUUUCUGAUGCAACGAAUUUAACUUAACACCAGGUAGUUUAGAACUUUGUAUCUGCCUCAAAAACAAACCCCGACCAACCUUUUUGCUAUGGCAGUAACCUCCAAAUUACUGGAAUGUCAUUGAAAAUGCCAACUGUGUUGGUGAAGAUAAAAUAGACUUGGGUUUCCGUAUGAUUUACUGGUGAUGGCAAGAGGACUCCAUGCUGUCAGCAAGUGCUUUUGUGCAAGACAUUGAAGAUCAGCAGCCUCGUGGGGUGAGGCUGAAGCUGAAGAAGCCUUUGAAGAGCUGUGAGAUACCAGAGGGAGAAACGGAUGUGCAGCUGGUGGUAAAGUGUGACCAAUCUGUGUGUGUAGCAAAGCUGGAAAGCUGCAGCCUCGCAGCAAUGUCUGUACAGUGCUUUCAAGUUGUAAAAUGCUGUAUAAUUCAUGGUGGAUCCGACAAGUUUUGAGCUUUGCUGACUAUUCUGCUAGCCAGAGUGAUGUACUAUUAAAGAGAGUUGGCAGUUC